AUGGCCCGCUUCUCCUCCUUCCUUGCGCUGCUCGCCGCCACCGUCACUCCCGCCGCGCGCGCGGACCCUUACAACACGUUCGACGGUCCAGGGUUUCCCGCGUGCAAUGAGGUCGCGGCGGUGUACCACCCGACAACGAUCGACGAGAUGGCCGCGCUCGUGAAGAACGCGUCUGACAAUGACGUGCCAGUGCGCGCGUCGGGGAAGGGUCAUAUGUGGUACGACCGAGACCGAACCGCUGAGUCCACUCCAGACACGAUGUGCACCGACGACCCGAACACGGUCAUCAUCGUCACCGAGGCGCUCGCGGGCUUCAGCAACUUCACUGCUCCGGAUGAAUCCGGUGUCGGCAGCGUCACCAUCGAGGCGGGCGUCACUUUCUUCGAGCUCGCAGACUACCUGCACGAGCGCAACACGUCCAUCGGCUACUCGCUAGUGAACUGGAAUAUCACCGUCGCUGGCGCACUCGCUAUGGGCGCUCACCGUUCGGCGCUGUCUCAACCCGCCGACGUCGCCGGGGCUGCCGCUGCCAUCGACCUGCUGCUUGCGAACGGCACGUUCGUGCACCUGAGCGAGGCAGAGCAUGGUGAUACGGACGACUGGCGCGCGGCGACUACGAGCCUGGGUCUGCUCGGAAUUAUCGCACGGGUGACGGUGAAGAUCUUCCCUGAGUUCAAGUUGGCAGCGGACCAAAAGAUCCUGGACGAGAAGGACGUACUCGAGGGCGAUAUCUACGGAAUGAUCAACCCGUACCCCACCGCCAACUUCUGGUGGUGGCCCGGCCAGAAGAAGUUCCACUACCCUCACUCAAAUACGAUCUCGCAGCGCACCUACGAAGUCGUCCCCAACGACGCCUCCGGUGAGGGCUUCCAAAGCACCUUCUCCGUCAGCGAAUUCGAGGGCAACACCGCCAAGACACUCCUCGAGAACGGCGCCAACAGCUCGCUCAUCAACCUCAGCACCGAGACCCUCUUCUUCAGCAUCUGGUCCGCGCCCAACUUCCACGACAAGAACACGGACAUCGCGGCGCUCUUCUGGCCCGUCAACGGCUGGUCGUACGACUCGCUCAUCGGCGGGCUCUACCCGGACACGAAGCCCGAGUGGGACUACAACCUGCGCGGGAAGACGCUCGAGCUCGCGUUCCCGGUCACGCAGGCGAACGCGAUGCUCCAGCGCAUCCGCGAGCUGUUCGACGAGAGCGAGGAGGGCGGGCAUCUGAUGACGUCGACGUAUCGGUCGGGGAUUAACAUCAAGUUCGGGCAGGUGUUCGACGAUUUAUUGAGCCAGACGAGCACGCUGCCGAAGAAUACUGACGCGGAUUGGAGCAAGGGGACGAUCAUGUUCGACUUUCCGACCUAUCUUCCGGACAGCGGGGUGCGGUAUAACGAGCCGUUCUACGCAAACCUCGCGGAGACGCUGAUCAACGAGUUCCCCUGCCGGCCCCACUGGACAAAGAACACGCGCGAGAUCUUCCAGAAGAGCGUCAAGAAUCUGGAUCCCGAUAUCCUCGCCCGCUUCGCCGCAGUGCGCGAACGCUACGACCCCAACAAGACUUUCGCAAGCGUAGUCGGUCAGAUCAUUGGCGUCGUAUGA